CAGAAAGAUGCAGACUGGUCGGAUUUUCGACUUUGUAUAAACGUGUAAUUCAUUCUAAGGGGGAAGCAGCGUUAAUUCUUUAAGGUGUGGGGCUCUAAAUGUAGCUUGGGAUGGCUGCUUAGGCCACAGGAAAAUACGCUUGCACAAAUAACGCCCAGGCUAGGUUCUCUUGAUGUUUUUCGAGUGGUUUCCGGGUGUGUUUGAUUAGCUGUGUGUCGCUCGCGGGUCACAAUUUAGAAAAAAAAAGUCAACACAACCUUGACGUUUUGUAAUGUUACCGGUUUGUUUGUGUGGAGGAGGCUGCUGAAAGGGGAAUUUCACAUGAAAAUUCUGUUGCAGUCAGUUAGCAUUAGAAGCAUCUUUAAAAAGCAGUAAGGGAGUUAUUACCCGGGCGGCUUGCCGUGCAAAGCAGAUUAAUGUCAACACACCAACCAACAAGCGCACCACGACAGCAGGGCUGCUAACUUUGCACACACAGGUCCUUGAUGUCUUGAUAGGUACAGAUGAACAUGGAAGACGAAUCCCGAAGUACCUGAUUCAUUUCAAUGGUUGGAACAGAAGCUGGGAUCGUUGGGCCGCAGAGGAUCAUGUCCUAAGGGACACCGAGGAAAACCGAAAAUUACAACGUAAACUGGCUCGCAAAGCUCUAGGUCGCAUGAAGAGAAAGGGAUGGGUAAAGAGGCGCCGUCGUCAGUCUGGUACUAAAUCUUCUCUGAAGACUCUCCCAAAGGAGGACGACAGCGAUGACGCGUGCUUAAUUUCAACUUCGGAAAGCAGCGACGGGGACGAUUCUGACCCCGAGUCUUCAAAUAGCGGGGACAGCACCUUCUCUGAGGACAUCAACAAAAUGAGGGUUGAGGCAGACGUGAAUGUCAAGAGGGAAUGUGAGGAGAAGGUCGUUCAUGUUGACAUCAACAUCCCCGAUGUUCUGAAGAAGAAACUGGAAGAUGACUGCUUCUACAUCAACAAGAGGAAGAAGCUCGUGAUGGUUCCCUGUCAGACAAACGUUGUGCACAUCCUGGAGUCCUACGUCAAGCACUUUGCGAUCAACAAAGCGUUCAUGGCCAACGAGCGGUACAGGCGUCAGCAGAGCACCACGCAGAGCGGCAGUCCACAGCCAAUCCCUCCAGAGAAAAGUGAGGAGCUGUGUAAGGAAAUGGUCGAUGGCCUGAGGAUUACGUUUGACUUCACCUUACCCAUGAUCCUUCUCUACCCCUGUGAGCAAGCCCAGUUUAAGAAGGUCAGCUCCUCAAGGCUCUUCCUGGCCAUGAAUGAAAGCUCCCCCUGCUCAAGCAACACCCAAAGAGAACGCAGUCCAAGCCCACUGGGACACAACCCGCCUACCCCUCAGUCCACAGACAGCCAGCCAGCCCUAAGUGACAUCUCUACUACCACCCCCACCACUCCAGCCCCAACCCCAAAGCGCCGGCGCCACCCCGAUAUGGACUGCAUUUCCUACCAGUCGCAGUCACUGAGGCGCUCUACCAGGAACACGUCCGGAGGCGACCGUCCAGCUGAGGGAAGCAGCGGCGGUGGAGGCAGCGCCACGGCGUCACCGCAGCUCAAACGGCGAGUGGUCGACACCUCAUCGCAGCCCAAGUUCUUCCUUAACCUUGACAAAAAGACUCCAGUGCACAGCGGCUCCUCUUCCCCGUUGCCUUUGACCCCAAGCAAAGAGCGCAGCGGCCCUUUCUACGGCCUGGAGAGCCGCAGAAACAACGAGCUCAAUGAGGUUUUGAGUUGGAAGCUGACUCCUGAUAACUACCCUCUGAAUGACCAGCCUCCUCCGCCAUCCUACCUGUAUGGGUCACAGCACCUUUUGCGACUCUUCGUGAAGCUUCCUGAAAUCCUGGGAAAAAUGCAGCUGCCUGAGAGGAGUCUCCGAGCCCUGAUUAAACAUCUGGAACAGUUCCUCAGGUUUCUGGCCGAGUUCCAUGAGGAUUUUUUUCCAGAGUCUGCAUACGUGUCGGCAUCUGAGGCUCACUACAGCAUGAAACAACCGAGGCCGGUUUACUGAAGGAGACAUGGGUCGCCCACUUCUUCCUUUGCUCGUCUCUUCCCUGACCUCUAACCACCCCCCUCAGCUUGUCUAGCGCUGACCUGUCUGAGCUCGUGUUUACUGGACUAAAUGUCAGCUUUCUCUGGAUUUCCGAUUUCUUCGCCUCUGGCCCAACAUUAGCUUUCUGGGUGUUGUACUGUGGAACAUUUGCUUCUACUGUCCCCACUAACCCUCGCCUAUGCUCUGCGUGUGGCAAUGUCACGCGCGCGAGGCCACGCCUGUGCCGCUUUGCUGUGGUUCAUGUCGAGGGCAGCUUUCUGUAACCCUUGGUAAGACUGAAAUCUUAGAAAACUGCUAACCAUCAAAGCCUCGCUUUCUUCACUCUUGUUCAGAGCUGCGACCACAUUGCGGUGCUCUGCUUGCCUGCCUUCCCGAUGAACCCAUUUGGGAUACUCGCAAGGGCUUUGUAUGCAGAUUUGCUUGUUUUUUUUGUUUGUUUGUUUUUUGUCUUUAAGCUUAGCCCCGUCCUAUUUGUGGCAACGCUGCCACCAACCUUCUGUAUACAGUUUCCCUGAGGCUGCAUUAGGACUCUCUCUCCCUGUCCUCAAUGUUUUCCUGCUUUCACUGAGCUGAUCAAAUUCACAGACUGUUCAAUAACUUUGAUUCAGGACUGAUUUCUUUAGGUUCUUGACAGUUUUAUGGUCUGUUCGGUGUCCUGAGGUCUGCUUUCCUGCUUUGUUUUGCAUGUCUGAUAACUGUCAGUCAUCUGAUUUUUAUCGUUUCUUCCCUCCUGUCAGUAAGAAUCGGGUGCAAUUUGUCCUAAAGCUCAUCUUCAGUUAACGGGUAGUCUUAAUGCACAGUUCUUCUAGACCCUGAAGCUUUUUUUUUUUGGACCAGUUCAGUUUUGAAUUUUAUGUACAAAUGUACAAUUUUUAAUGCAGCAAAAGAAACGACGUGCUUUACUCGUGAAAUUGUGAACAUGUAAAUAAAUGCUAAACGCCUGUUCAUCAGCAUGUUAUAUUUCUUUGUACACCACUGGCUCACUCCAAUAAUACCUCAGUUUGUUUUGGCCGCACACGCUAUGUACAGGAUGUCUGAAUUUUUCUGUUUCAUUUGAACGCUUUUGUUUCCUUCCAGCUCUGUUCAUAGUUCAAAUAAAGACGUUUUCUGAA